AUGCUGCUGCGCACGCUUUGCCGGUGGAGCAAGCGGACACCCGGCUAUGUCUUCUGGCGGCAAGGCACACUCGUUGAACUCGAGCACGCGAAGCGCAACUACUUGCUGUCGGAGCGUCCCGUGCCGAUUGCCGACAUUGCGCGCCGCAUGGUGCGUGUCAAGGCGCGCUACACCGAUACGAGGGACUUUCACGAGCAAAACCUGCUGCGCGGGGAAUACAAGUACUUCUCGGGGAAGCUGUGCGACAUCCGCCACGCCCGCCCGGAGGACAUGAUCGCGUACGUCGAGUGUGGCUCCUUCUUUGGGUUCUGGGACACGGCACAAAUGGAUCGCGUGAUGCAGGAGUUGCUGCUGAAGCUCGACGAGUUAGCGCCGGUGGAGCUCGUGCAUCUCUUCACCGCGCUGCCAUCGCUGCGCAAGCAAAGCAGCACGCUGUUCCAGCACGUUGCGCGCGCCCUCGUCGCGGCGGUGCCGGAGCUUUCCGUGGAGGAAUGCAUCCGCGUCAGCGCUGUCUGUGAUGACGCGACGCCGCAGGAACUCCUUCACAACGUGAUGCGUGCAAUCGAGCCGGAGGCGGCACGCGGCGGUCUCACCGCAGCUCAGGCCGUGGAGCUGAUGGACACGUUGGGUGCAUGCGCUCCGGGGGUUCAGCGGCAGUUCGUGUCGCUCCUCGACGCCAUGAAGCGCACGGCGGUGGCGGGAAUGGCGGAGCUGAGUGUUCUGGACAUCGCCGCCCUGUGCGCAGCACUGAGGAUUCGGGACGCGUUGGACCCCGUCACGGAGGGCGGCGCGGUUCGUCUGUUUCUUGCGCGCCUUGAUGAGACGUGUGCUCGGUCGACAGCGAUGAUGUUCACAGCUGUCCACAGUAUAAUCGCCUUCGCCCAGGCAAUGGAGGAGCGUGUGGUGUUCCUCGCGACGGAUUUCACGCCGAGUGAGUUGCUCAGUGUAUUUGCGGCUUACAUGGACGACUACACUUCCAUGUGUCUCGUCUCCACGGAGGACAGGGUGGCUGCCGCUUCAGGAGAAGAAGUAGGAGUAGUAGGAGCAACAGCAGCAGCACCAGAGGCGACAAUGAAUCUGGUCUUGCGACAACGCGUGGAGGAGCUGCAAUUCGCACAGCAGCGGCAGUCUGCAUUAGUACACGUGCUGCGGGAGCUCAUGGGCCAGAUGGUGGCGCUGCUGGAGUCCGCCUCCGCGUAUGUGUCACCUGCUGUGCAGCUGCAGCAUCUGGCAGUAUUCCACAAAGCCGUUGAAGACCUCGGCGGCAACGUUAUACUCUUGACAGAGGCGUUCCCGCGCACAGCACGGUGCGUGGACCUUCUCUCCGCUAAGAUCAUCGCCUCCCUGCCGCAGUAUACGUAUGGUGAACUUGCCGCCCUGCUGCAGCUCUGCGGCCCGUUGGGGAAGUUGGUGGCGGAUGCUGCGGUGGGUGCAGCUGUGCAAGAGCUUAUUCGGCGCGAUGUCGGGGUUUCGAGGGGCGAGGCGAUGGAGCUGUGUGCGGUGCUGCAAGCGUUGUCGGGGCUGCGUGGGGAACACCAGGCUCGUAUUGAAAGGAGCCUGGUGCCGAAGCUGCGUGAGCGCAGUGCUCAGGCCGCGUGA